UGAUGCAUUGACUUUAAAUCUUCCAUGUAAACGUUCAAAAUUUGCAAUCCUUAUCUCCACUCCGCACCAUCACAUAAACGAUCAAAUUAAAAUCAUUCCACAUACACAGUUUCCAUAAAACCAUCUCCAUUCCAGAGAGAUGGAUGAUCUAAAGCCACGCCCUGCAAAUUCAUCCCCUCUAACCCCCCUUGAUUUCUUAGAAAGAGCAGCCACUGUUUACGGUGAUUGCCCCUCUAUCAUUUACAGCAACACCACCUACACGUGGUCGCAAACCUACCGUCGAUGUCUCCAGUUGGCUUCUUCUCUCUCAUCCUACGGCAUCUCCCCAGGCCACGUCGUCUCUGUUGUGGCCGCCAACAUCCCUUCCAUGUACGAGGUCCACUUUGCUGUACCCUUUACCGGUGCUAUCCUUAAUAACGUCAACACGCGCCUGGACGCGCGCACAGUCUCCAUACUUCUGCAGCACAGCGAAUCAAAGCUCGUUUUGGUGGAUCAUCAGUUCAGUUCUCUUGUUCUUGAAGCCAUCUCUUUGUUCCCAUCCAAUAGCAAUCCUCCUCGUUUGAUCCUCAUCACUGAUGAUGAUUACGCAUCAUCCCCGACCGUUGAUUCUAAUUUCUGUUGCACUUACGAGGGCCUCGUGGAGAAAGGUGACCCGAAUUUCAAGUGGGUCAGGCCACAAAGUGAGUGGGAUCCGAUGAUAUUAAACUAUACAUCAGGUACAACCUCGGCUCCUAAAGGUGUAGUCCACUGCCACCGUGGGAUCUUUACGAUCACCGUUGGAUCUUUGAUUGAUUGGUCAGUACCCAAACAACCCGUCUACCUGUGGACCCUACCUAUGUUUCACGCUAACGGAUGGAGUUACCCGUGGGGCAUGGCCGCCGUUGGUGGGACCAAUAUCUGCCUUCGAAAAUUCGAUGCUUCUAUAAUCUACGCUAUGAUUAAAAGACACGGUGUCACUCAUAUGUGUGGUGCCCCUGUGGUGCUCAACAUGCUCUCCAAUAUUCCUAAUAAAGAACCCCUUAAAAACCCGGUUCAUAUUCUCACCGCUGGAGCACCACCACCUGCGACGAUUCUCUCGAGGUCCGAGUCGCUGGGUUUUAUAGUGAGUCACGGCUACGGUUUAACAGAAACCGCGGGACUUGUCGUGUCAUGUGCGUGGAAACAUCAAUGGAAUGUGUUGCCGGCGACGGAGAGGGCACAGUUAAAAUCGAGACAAGGAGUGAAAAUCGUGGGUUUUAGUGAGAUUGAUGUGGUGAAUAGCGAGUCUGGAGAGAGUGUGAAGCGCGACGGGUUAUCGCUGGGUGAAAUUGUUUUGAGAGGAGGGUGCGUUAUGCUCGGUUAUUUAAAAGAUCCAGUCGGCAGCGGCAAGUGCAUGAGUGAUGAUGGAUGGUUUUACACAGGUGAUGUUGGGGUGAUGCAUGCUGAUGGGUAUAUAGAAAUUAAAGAUAGAUCAAAGGAUGUUAUAAUAAGCGGUGGAGAGAAUUUGAGCAGCGUGGAGGUGGAGUCUGUGCUGUACAUGAACCCAGCCGUUAAUGAGGCGGCUGUUGUGGCGAGACCUGAUGAGUAUUGGGGUGAGACACCGUGUGCUUUUAUAAGCUUGAAGGCUGAGUUGAAGAAAAGGCCGAGUGAGAAGGAGAUAAUGGAGUUUUGCAGGGCAAGGUUGCCGCACUAUAUGGUGCCCAAAACGGUGGUGUUCAAGGAUGAAUUGCCUAAAACUUCAACUGGGAAAAUAAAGAAGUUUAUGCUGAGAGAGAUAGCAAAGGCAAUGGGGUCUUCCAGAGUCAGUCGAAUGUAAUUAAUUAGUUGAUUGUGUAUGCUUGAUUUUGAACCAACGACUCGCACGUGCAAAGUGUUAAGCAGCUCUUAGAAGUUACACGUGAAUGAUUGUAAAUGAUCUAAUACAAAGAUUGAAUA